AUGGCUUCAAUCAAGAUAACACCUCGACUACUGGACCUCAAAUCAAACUAUGACUUUAACAUGUUAAAGAGGUUCUAUGAUGAGUUGAUGAGACCAAACUUUCCACAAGAAGAUGAACUUGAACCAAUUGAUAAUUGGGUAGAGAUGAUACAGACUUCAAAUAUUGAUGACGAAGAUGAAGAUGAAGACGAAGACGAAGAUGAAAAGAUUGGAAAAGUUGACUUUCACAUAUUGUUGGCAAUGUGUCCAGAUGAUCAAAGAGAGAAGGAUGACAAAAGAUCGGAUAUAAUGGGUGGCAUUGUAUUUGAAUACUAUCCAUAUGUAAACUGUGCUUUGAUAACAUAUAUUCUGGUAUCAACUGAUUAUCGUGGAGGUGGCCUAGCCAAAAUGUUGGUACAAGAGGCUACGACAAGACUUGGACAAACCUCGAUCAAUCAUGGAUAUAAUACAACAGGUGGAUGUGAUGCUAUAUUCCUUGAGACAAACUCUGCCGAGAGAGUGGCACCUGAAGACGAUGUAAUGGACCCUGCCAAGAGACACGCGAUCUUUCACAGAAUGGGCAUCAGAAUGUUGGACUUUGACUAUGUCCAACCACCAUUGUCCAAUGACAGUGCCAAGUGCAAAGACCUGCUACUCACAUGUCUGUUGACGCCUAAUAUUCCAACACAUACAUCACAUAGAAGUGUUACCAGACACUACCUACCAUCAUCAUUACUACGCCGGUUCAUCGAAGUGUUCUGGGCUUCAUGUUGCCAUCGCGUGGACUCAUUCAAACAUACAUGGCGACAAGAUAUCGACUACACUCAUAUGAUUGAUCAACUAUCCAGUAGUGAUCAUAUACAACUACUCGAUUUACCAUGGAAACGUACAACAACUACAUCAGUUGAAGUCAGUGUAUCAUCAUCACCUUCAUAA